GACAGAAGUCACACAACUCAUAAUAAGGUUAACCCAACUAGUGGGAAAUCUCAUAUGAACCAACACACUACAAAGAAAUGGUCAUUCAACCCUAUCAUAGACUUUUGACAUAUCAAGCUUUAAAGCCAUAUGCCCAUUUCGGCCAGAACGUACACUUUUCAUUUUAACUAGGCUUAGGGGAUUUUAAUGCAGUGAGAUCUCCCGACGAACGGAAGGGGCUGAGUGUUGGUUCUUCUUCUCAGCGACGAGAAAUGGAGGAUUUUAAUUCCUUUAUUGAGGAGGCAGAGUUGAUUGAUUUACCUUUAUUAAGGAGGAAGUUCACAUGGAUGAGACCGGGAGGUCAAUCAAUGAGCAGAAUAGAUAGAGUUUUGAUUUCAGCGAGAUGGUAUGAUUGUUGGCCUGGCAGCAAGUUAGAAGCUUUAAACAGAGACGUGUCCGAUCAUUGUCCUAUUUUAUUGAGGUCAUCAAUCAUAAAUUGGGGUCCGAAACCCUUUCGGGUCCUAAAUUUCUGGUUCGAGGAUCCAGGUUUUAAAAGGUUUGUGGAGGAAAAUUGGAAGGGUUUCCAGAUUAAUGGGUGUGGGGCUUUUGUGUUAAAAGAGAAGCUUAAACUGUUGAAAUUGAAACUUCAACAGUGGAACAAUGAGGUCUUCGGCGACAUCAAUAAGAGAUACUUAGAAAUUGUGGAGGAAAUGAAUAACCUUGAUCAAAAGGCUGAAGAGGUGAUGCUAGAUGAAAAUGAAUUGGCGAUAAGGAAGUCUUUAGGUGGUGAUUUCUGGAAAGUGGCCCAUAUGAAGGAAUCUCUAUUAAGGCAAAAGUCUCGAAUUAUGUGGGUGAAGGACGGGGACGCUAACACUAAAUUUUUUCAUGCAAUGGUGAAUGCCAGAAGAAGGUCAAAUGCUAUAUCCGGUGUACAUGUGAAUGGUGAGUGGAUUGAUGACCCAAAUCUGGUCAAAAGGGAGGUGAAGGACUUCUUUUCCAUGAAAUUCAAGGAGUUUCAUUGUGAGUCCCCGGUUCUUGAUGGGGUUCGGUUUAAAACCCUUAAUCAAUCUGAUUCUAAGGAAUUGGAGAAGGAGUUCUCUAUGGAGGAGAUAAAAUCUGCUGUAUGGGAUUGCGCAAGUGAGAAGUGUCCUGGGCCAGACGGAUACAAUUUCAAUUUUAUAAAGAGAUUCUGGGAUCUGGUUCAAGGGGAUUUUAAGCUGAUGGCUGAUGAUUUUUUCCGGAUGGGUAAAUGGCCAAGAGGGUCAAACUGCUCCUUCAUAUCCCUAAUACCCAAGGUGGACAGUCCUCAAAGUCUUAAUGAAUUUCGUCCUAUCUCUUUGGUAGGAUGUAUGUAUAAGGUACAAGUGGGGCUGCUACAGUUCGCCGAUGAUACAAUCCUCACUGGUGAAGCUUCUCCCUCUAAUGCCUUCUUGAUUAAAAGUAUCCUCAGAAGUUUCGAGUUGGCGUCGGGAUUGAAGAUCAAUUUUGCUAAAAGCAAAGUUGCUGGCAUCUGUGUUGAUGAUAGAUUAAUCAGAUGUAUGGCGGCUAUCCUGAAUUGUAGCGUUAUGAGGAUCCCAUUCGUAUAUUUGGGUCUCCCAAUUGGUGGCAACCCUCGCCGACUCUCUUUUUGGACCCCGAUUAUCAACAAAUUGCAUGGAAGAUUGUCAAGGUGGAAACAGAAAUCACUUACUUUUGGUGGAAGAAUCUGCCUUAUCAAGUCAGUUUUUUCAUCCUUACCACUACAUUUCUUGUCAUUUUUUAAGAUGCCCCCCGGGAUAAUCAAAAGAUGCAACAGUAUUAUGCUGAAUUUUCUUUGGGGAGGGGCUGAUGGUGUUCGAAAGACAGCUUGGGUAAGCUGGGACAAUAUUUGUAGGCCAAAGUCAGAAGGUGGACUAGGUGUGAAAAACUGGAGGCUUUUUAAUGUGGCUUUACUGGCGAAAUGGAGAUGGAGGUUAAUGGUAGGUGAUUCAGGUUUAUGGAGCUGUAUUUUGAACUAUAAAUAUAAAGGAGGAUAUCACGAGAAGGCCUCAAUUUGGUGGAAGGAUCUCUUCUCAAUUUGCUUUGAGAGCGGAAGUAGCAAUUGGUUUGAUGAAUCAAUCUGUCGAAGGUUGGGAGAUGGUAGCAGUACGCUGUUCUGGUACAUUGACUGGUGCGGUCAUGGCGUUCUAAAAGAUAAAUUUCCAAGGUUGUUCAGUCUUUCAAAACAACAGCAGGCUUGCGUGAGUGAGGUUGGCGUUUGGGUGGCAGGAAGGUGGCAGUGGAAUUUGGAAUGGCGAAGAGAGUUAUUUGGCAGAGAAUUGGGUAUGCUAAAUUGUAUGUCUUCCUGGCUGAAUGGUUUCUCACCUACUACAGGCCAGACAGAUCGGUGGACAUGGGUGAGGGAAGGUUCCGGUGUAUUUUCUGUCAGUUCAGCGUAUGACUAUCUUCGUGGUGAUGGGGCUGCUUCUGAAUCAGAGAUAUUUAGCAAAUUAUGGGCUAUCCAAGCUCCUUCCAAUCAUGUGGCGUUGGCCUGGAAAAUUCUUAUUAAUCGUAUUCAAACGAAGGUUAAUUUACAAAGAAGGAAUGCUCUACAUCCCUCUGUUUCUAACCACUGUGUUCUGUGUGCUCAGCAUUAGGAAACCUCAUCACAUUUAUUCUUCUCAUGCCCGGUGGUUUGGAGGAUAUGGAUGCAGGUGUAUUCGUGGUUGGGAUUCUAUACAGUUCUACCAGAGGAAGGAGUAUCUCAUUUCUCUCAGCAUGUGGUGGGUUGUGGCAGAAUGGAUAAAAUUCUCAGAAUGAUUUGGGUGGCUACAGUGGCUUCGGCUUGGUCAUUCAGAAACAAGGUUAUAUUUAAGAAUGGGAUAAGUGACAGUUCUGGAAUUCUUGAGUUAAUACAAUACCAAAGCUGGCUGUGGUGCAAAGUGAAGGUGAGUAAUUUUCACUAUUUUGUGUUUGAAUGGAUAAUGAACCCAUUAGUGUGCAUUAAAUCUGUUAUACAUUAACUGAAGGCUGCAUACUGUUUUGUUGAGGGUGCCAACGUGUGACAGACUAGUAUUUUGGAUGGGAUUAUUUUGUUAUCUUGACAAAGGACCAAAAGAUUAUCAUUGCAUUUGUACGGUGGAGUAGUACAUUUGUUUGAGCUUGCAGGAAUUGGUUAUUUCUCAACUAUUUGCUAUUGGAAUGCUGAUCAUUUCUAGGAGCAACAUGGCUAUAUUCUGGCACUUUUUGGAGCAUACUUUGAAGGCAAGUAGUGGGUGGUGUUUUCGUUCAAGAAGAAGUGUAAUGGUUUUUGGGGGGUUGGCUGGUGGUGUUACCUUAUUUAGUUCUAGUUUUUUAGUCCUCCUUGGAAGUUUCACUUUGAUUUUAGCUAGUGGUACUCUUUUUCCUUACUAGGUUUUCCCAAUGGGGUUUUUCCUAGUAAGGUUUUAAUGAGGUCUUUUUCUAUGAUCAUUCUUCCAAGGUGGGGUGGGGGUGGGUUACCAUUUUUUAACAUUAGGUUCUUAUGCUAUUGUAAUUUUCUUUCUUUUUCCUUUUCCUUGUAUUGGGUUGAAGUACCCCUUGUACUUCAUUCAAUAUAUUUAUAUAUAUAUCAUUGCCUAUCAAAAAAAAAACUAGGCUUAGUUA